AUGGAUCCAUACAAGUACCGCCCGUCGAGUGCGUUCAAUUCGCCUUUUUGGACCACGAACUCCGGAGCUCCGGUCUGGAACAAUAACAACUCAUUGACUGUAGGAACGAGAGGCCCUAUCCUCCUGGAAGAUUACCAUUUGGUGGAGAAACUUGCUAAUUUUGAUCGGGAGAGAAUUCCGGAACGUGUUGUACACGCUAGAGGUGCCAGUGCCAAGGGAUUCUUUGAGGUCACUCAUGACAUCUCUAACCUUACAUGUGCUGAUUUCCUCCGAGCUCCAGGCGUCCAGACACCUGUUAUUGUCCGGUUCUCCACUGUCAUCCAUGAGCGUGGCAGCCCCGAAACUCUUCGUGACCCCAGAGGAUUCGCUGUGAAAUUUUACACUAGAGAGGGAAAUUUUGACUUGGUGGGAAACAACUUUCCUGUGUUUUUCGUUCGUGAUGGGAUGAAAUUCCCGGACAUGGUCCACGCCCUCAAACCCAAUCCGAAGUCCCACAUUCAGGAGAACUGGAGGAUCCUCGACUUCUUCUCCCACCACCCAGAGAGCCUCCACAUGUUCACAUUCCUCUUUGACGACUUGGGCGUCCCUCAAGACUACCGCCACAUGGACGGCUCGGGUGUCAACACGUACACCCUGAUCAACAAGGCCGGGAAGGCCCACUACGUGAAGUUCCACUGGAAGCCCACUUGCGGCGUCAAGUGCCUGCUUGAGGAAGAGGCCAUUAAGGUUGGGGGAGCCAACCACAGCCACGCCACCCAGGACCUUUAUGACUCGAUUGCGGCAGGGAAUUAUCCCGAAUGGAAGCUUUUUAUCCAGAUCAUAGACCCAGACCACGAGGACAGGUUUGAUUUUGACCCACUUGACGUCACCAAGACUUGGCCCGAGGACAUCUUGCCACUGCAGCCCGUGGGCCGCCUUGUGCUGAACAAGAACAUCGACAACUUCUUUGCAGAGAACGAGCAGCUUGCGUUCUGCCCGGCCAUUAUUGUCCCUGGAAUUUACUACUCGGACGACAAGCUGCUCCAGACUCGGAUAUUUUCUUAUGCGGACACUCAGAGGCACCGUCUCGGGCCGAACUAUCUGCAGCUUCCGGCUAAUGCUCCCAAAUGUGCUCACCACAACAAUCACCAUGAGGGUUUCAUGAACUUUAUGCACAGGGAUGAGGAGGUGAAUUAUUUCCCUUCAAGGUAUGACCCUGUCCGCCAUGCUGAGAGGCAUCCAAUUCCUCCUGUGGUAUUGGGAGGGAAGCGCGACAGAAUCUGCAUCGAGAAGGAGAACAACUUUAAGCAGCCUGGCGAGAGGUACCGUUCCUGGGCACCUGAUAGGCAAGAGAGGUUUAUUAACCGAUGGAUCGAUGCUUUGUCUGACCCCCGCGUCACCCAUGAGAUCCGUUCCAUUUGGAUCUCUUACUGGUCUCAGGCUGACAAAUCUCUCGGUCAGAAACUUGCCUCUCGUCUCAACGUGAGGCCAACAAUGUGA